UUGAUAUCAAUAUUAGAAGAAUUAUCGUGGCAAGUAGUUGAAGCACCUGCAAAUGAGCACGGUAAGCCGGUCGUAUUGGAAGGUAGUGAUGUGUUAUUUACGGGAAAAGAAAUUUUUGUUGGACUGCGAAAGAAUGGUACGAAUAUGGAGGGUGCUAUUGUUACCGUAAUCCCAAUACCAUUACCAGGAAGUAAACCACUGAAGCAUUACAUGUCGGUGGUUUCAAACGAUGUUCUUGCUGUUGGAAAUUCGAAAGAGGCAAAAAUUGUUUUACAGCGUAUCGAGCGUGAAGCAACAUUCCGCUACAAGAGACUGACAGUGGAAUACGAUGAAGCAGUGAGUUGUAUCAACGUCAACGAUCAUAUCAUUUACCGAGAUGAUACUCCUGAUACGAAGUAUCAAAUUCUACGAGAGCCAUUACAAGUUUGGGGUGUUACUGUGAAUGAACUGAUCAAACUUGGUGAUCCGUUGAAUCGAUUUUGUUUACUUAUUAAGAAGAUAAAAGGUGUCAAAUCGAUAUGGUAA